UACCUGCAGCUGCGAGGUUCGCUCAUCUGUCCACCAAUUCUGUAGGCAAAUUGCACGGGCUCCUCUUUUAAAUUAAUUUGCAUUCAGAGUAAAUGAAUUCAAGGCUCAUCUCAAAUAAACCGGGUGAUGAGGGAAACCGAAAGAAGCGUUUGAUCGCUGCCCCGGCUGAUUUCGAGAUGGGAAUUACGCACGGACUGUCCACUGUGGAUGGAUUGCGUCCAUUUCUCUGUCACUAACAUCAAGAGUCACACGCACACACCUGAAGCGCAACUGUUGAUGCCGAGGAUUAUGACUAUGAACAAUGACCAUCACUCAGUCGUCCCGGCGCCGCUGGAUCUGCGAACCACCAACCGAGAGCGUGGGAGCGCAGCUGCGUCAAGGACUCCGGACUGCAACUGUUGCGCCAGGGACUCUCGCUUCGCAGGCGGUAAACAUGCAAGCGCGGGCACGGACAACAAGGCAGUCCACGCUGCCACUGUGAGAAGCGUACCGUGCGAGGACGCACGGACUCUUGACAAAUCCUCCUCCAGACUUCCUUUUAGGAAACGUCCGAUUCCCGCUGAGCCGGAGGCGCGCACACAGACGGACGAUCGGCACUUGUCUUCCACAGAAGAGCUGUCACCCAGAGGGAGCGCGGCCAAGCGCGUCAAAGAGGAGGAAAACCUGAUGUGCAUGGCUCCAAAGCGCGUGGAAGAGCCACAACAAAGUGGGAAUGGACAUCCAGGGAACUUUAGACCCGCGUUCCAACAAUACUGUCACUAUCCUCUGUAUGCCCCCCCACUCCCCGAUCCAUCCCUGUGUCUGGACCCAACCGAACACCUGCUGAACACCAUCACUCUGGCUACACGCCAGGAUGAAGAUGGAGACACAGCUCUGCAUAUAGCUGUGGUGAAGGGAGAACUGGCGGUCAUCCACACAUUGGUUUCCCUCCUUGUGUGGGCUCAGAGAGGAGUUGACAUCUACAACAACCUCCGUCAGACUCCCCUUCAUCUUGCAGUGAUUACCCAACAAGCAGCCAUGGUACAGGCCUUGUUGAAAGCAGGAGCCGAUCCCGCUGCCUUGGACCGCAACGGGCAGACAGCACUCCACCUCUGCUGUGAAUACAAUCAGCCUGACUGUAUGUCUGUCGUGCUGUCCCAUCAUACAUCCUCUACAUGCCUAGACAUCAGAAAUUAUGAGGGUUUGAGUCCUCUCCAUCUGGCAGUGCAGCGAGGUCACAAGGAUUUAACCAGGAUGCUGCUGGACGCGGGUGCUGACAUCAAUGUGAUGGACAUCAAAAGUGGCCAGAGUCCACUCAUGCAUGCAGUGGAGGCCAGUAACGUCGACAUGGUUCACUUCCUCAUUGAGAGCUGCUGCGAUGUGAACGGCCAGUCUUACAGCGGCAACACGGCGCUGCACAGCGCCUCGGGCCGAGGACAUACAGACAUGGUGCGACUCCUCCUGAAGAGUGGCGCCGACAGCAGUAUGAAGAACUACCACAAUGACACUCCUGUGACGGUGGCCAAAAACAAGAAAAUAGCAGAUGUGCUACGAGGGAGAGGCUCCAAACACAUCAGACUUCAAGAUCAACACUAUGUAUUUGACUCACCCCACAAGAUCAGCUUCACAGAUAAUGGGUCUCCAUCUCCCAGCCACAGCUAGGGAUGUUCACCUGCGUCCACCCUGCACACGCCUCACCGCAGCACCUCCCAGGCGCCAUCACUCCAGCCACGCUUGCAUUUCUGUAUUAUUAGCUCAACAGCUAUCACCCCAUGCAGCUUGCUCGUAGGACUGGUGUCCUGCUGAGGAGGAACUUCGGCUCUUGCCAAAUGAACUCUGGGACCUACUAAUAGGACAAGAGAAGGAAUCAGUAGUCUGGAACAACCUCCACACAGCAGUGUAUUUAAGGCUUUAACAUAUGUACAUCCAGGAGAAAAAGUUUAAAUUUAAAGGAAGACACUCAAGCAGAAAUCAAACUUCUGCAGAACCCUCAUCUUGUUUAUGCUGGAGUACCUUCAGCUCGCAUCCUAUGUGCGUCCUCUCCUGAAGACUGCAGCCAUCUGGUGGACAGCACAUUGCUUCAGCCAUCACUUUGACUGCUUCACAGUAAGCAUGCAGCAAAGGAAAAGUGACACUGUGCACAUACAGACUCUGAACAAAAGGACUACAAUCAAGAUUUUGGACUUACUGAAUCUUGCUGUAUGAUAGAGUCAAAUACUUCUGAAACCAUACAAUUUACAGAAUGAUUAUUGCACUGAUGAAACUGACAUUUUUACAUAUUUUCCUGUUUUAUUGUAUUUCACAUGUUCCCUGCAGAUCUGUAUGCAGGUUUAAAAUAUAUUUUGUUGUGAGAUUUUUAAUAUAAAAUUUGUCCAGUGGAU